AUGCCUUCUCCGUGGCCUGCUCUGUCUGACGAUGAGAGCGACACUAGCUCACGCCUGCCCGAGAUCUUCUCGAACAACGCUUCCGACUCUGAUUCCUCCACCGCACCUAGCGUCUUCGACUCAAGCAGCGAAUCCGAAUCCGAGUCUGAAGAUGAGUCCGAAGAUGAGCUGGCUUCGGAAGAUGAAGACGAGCAACUUCCACCAGAAUACUACCUCCAGGAGGCCGAGUCUCUUGAUGUCUCCCAGCUCCGACAGAAACGCUACAGCCCGAAAACUCAAGAGAGAUUGGAUGAGACCCAAGAUUUCUGGGAUAGGUUCUGUAAAGGCACAAAGCGCGAUCCGGUGGGAUGUUUGUCCUGGCUCUCUGAUACAGAGGAGACGGUUCGCUUCCUCAAGGCUCUCUUCUCCUGGCGGUGUGACCAGCGACGGGGAAAGGAUGAACGUCGCACCCCGGGAGUGAAAACUAAAAGCUCGCUCGACUUGUUCUGGAAGUGGUGGCAUCUGGUCUACAAGGCCGAGGUUGGACAUGAGCUCAACAAAGAUAUCCAAGUUAAGAUCCGCGAUGUGCUCGCCAUAGUUGCCACAGACAAGAAACUUUCCCUCAAAGGUCGACCGAAAGCGACCAUGUAUGUCGAGGAUGUAGCCGAGUUUGCCCGAGUGAUCCUGUCCACGACAGAGAUGACUUUUCCUUGUGGCUGGUACCGGAUACAACUCCUCCUUUUCUGCCAGCUGGCCAGUAUCACCGGUAGCCGUCCCGGGGCGCUACUGAAACUUCGCUUCCAGGACCUCAAGUUGACAUUAAUUCGGGAUCCGAAUGGAGGACAUCCUCGAAUUUUCAUCUACUUGAGACCGGAAUUCACAAAAUCAUUUCUUGGCGAAAAAGAGUCAAACACGUUCCCGAUUCCAGAAAUCAUCUUUGAUCCCACGUUGGUCCUCAGUCCUCAUGUCUUCCUGCUAGGCAUGCUGUUCAGAAUUGGCGCAUUUAAAAGUCUGUCCAAAGACGGCCCUGUGAUGGACUGUCCCGAGAAAUUGUACCGUCUUCAGAUCCUAGAUGGACUUGGUGAGCAGGAAUUAAAGCUGAAAGACGAAAUUCUCGAUCAGCAUGUGUUUUGCCAUGCAUUACGAGAGGCUGAUGGCAUUCGAAUCGCACUAGAAAAGGAACUUACCGGGGGAUGGCUGCGUUAUAGAAUGAAACGAGGUGGUGAGAUUACUGGCUUCGCGGAAGUCGCGAAGCCAUAUUGUCUCCGAUACGGCGCAGCAAAAGCGUUCAACGAUAGUCCGGACGUAUCGAAUGAAUUGCAGAACGUGAUGCUGCAGCACGCCAGCAUUGAUACUUUUGUCCGGCACUACAGUGUGGGUAUCCACGUAGAUGCCCAAGCAAUUGUACGGGGCAUGCCCGCUCAGAAACAGCUCAUGCGAUUUGCCUGCUCGAUGAGUCGGUCGAUUGAUCCUCGCAGACCGUAUCGGCUUGAGGAUUCGAGCUGUAUCAAUGAAAUUCCCCGCGUGCGUACCCUGGAAGAUAGGAGGCAGGCAAGAAAGCGGAUCCGAGACGCUAAGAAGCGCACCUAUGAAGAUGCCCAGGCUGCAUUACAGCAGGAGUUCGGCGAUAACCCACCGCAGAGUGGCACUCGUUCCCGAAUCAUCCGCAAGCGGUGGAAGGCUCAAGAGAAAGGUGUCAAAAAGUUACGCCAGAAAUUUGAUCAUGCAGACGAGCAGUAUGAUCACGCAGUGAAGCAAGUACGAAACGAGAAGAGAUGGCAAAAGCACCGAUUGAUUCGUGAAAAUCUGGAGCGGUACAAAAAUGAGCAGCCGGUGAUCGACAGUGAGCGGCAACUUUCCGGAAAAGUUGUUGACGAAGAAGUUAUGGGGGCGUUGCAGCGUACCGGCUAUAUGACACCGCAGCAUAUGACGCUUAUCGACAGUGUUCUGACUAUGCCCGGUACAACAGUCGAGAAAGAAUAUGAGCGUCGAAUUGCUGCAAUCAAUGCAGUGAUUGCGGUCUGUGAUGCGGAAGAGGGUGCUCCCUCGCGGCCUUGUGCCCCGCAAAAACGCACCGCCGAUGCUGCCGAUAUGCCACCUUUUACCCCCUGCCUAAGAAACAGAAGUCUAUCCCCUCAGAUGAGAAUGGCGAUACUUUCUCUCAAGCGAUCGCUUCUGUUUGCGUCAAAUGUCCAGGAGAGAGACCAACGAUCUGCUUUAUUUGUCUUGGUAAUACUAGACUGCCAGAACGCGAACGCCUGA